CGACGGCCGCGUACAACCGGAAGUUUGUGCACGAAUUCAAAAUUUAAAAAUGAAAACAAACAUGGCGUCUGCAAGAAGAAUGUAAACAAAACGUGAACCACAAAAAACUUCGGAUAAAUCACAAACAACUAAAUAAUCGGGUACAUCAAGACUGUUUAUACGUGGAUAUAUAACUGAUACUUAUAUGCAAAGACGUUUUGGUACAGAUUUACAGAGACAAGUGUGGAAAAAUUGGAAUAAAACGUUCGCUGUUUCGAAGUUGCCCUAGUAACUUGAUACAGCACAGUUUAUGGCUAAUAUUGCAGCGCUUGUGUAAAGUUGAUGGGCAGAAGUACACUGCAGAUGUAAAGUUAGAUUGUAUAUUAAACUAAAAUAGAUCUAAAUUGUCGGGUUGCUUUUAUACUUAGAUGGAUUUUAUUGAGGAUUUUGUACAAUACGAAUGUUAGCAGGGUCGUUUGCAAAGCGAUGACAGUUUUGUAAAGUACAAUUUGAAGUCGAAACUAGAAUCGACGAUACUGGAUUCAACUCACAUACUGUUUGAGAAGACAUUGGAUUCAGCACAAGAACAGCACAAUAGCAUUGGAAUAUAAUUUUUAGGAGCAGAAACAUAAUCUAUUACCAAAUAGAAUAGAAUAUAAUCAACAGUGCGCAAACAGAGUGAUUAGCAGUUAAUUAGCCAAGCAAACUAGCAAAAUAUAUCCGCCUGACAUCACUCUAUAUUUUCAAGGACAAUAGGAUUAAUAUAUAUGAACUUAAAAUAAGAAAAUUUUACAUCCGUCCUCACUGUCAAGUCCCCAUACCAUACGACUAUAUCAUGGCGUUCAUGGACUUAUCGCACUUAUCGGUCAAAGGUAAAGCAAGUCCACGACACGAGAGACCGUUUAGCGGGAAAAGGUCAGGCUAUGCAAACAGAAAUGCCAAUACAAAAGCAAAUAUAUUCGGAAUCAACGAGCCAAGUGUCGAAGAGGAGUCUCCAAAAAAGACUGUUGUUAAAACGUAUAGUAAUGGCAGUUUAAAGUCAGCCACAAAGUACAGAACGCCAAAUGCUCCUCGAGAUUCUGACGCAAUUACGAUACCAUCGGUAAGUAUGUUUUAUAUAAAACAUUGUCGACCCAUUUAACGUAAAUGCCCUCCAAUUGGAGAGUUUAUUGAGUUUCUCACUUCCAAAUUUGGUGAGCGAAUUUCCCAACAGGCUAUACUGCCCAAUUGAUAAAGGGAUCCGAGGUUCCUACGAUUUAACGUCCUUAUCCGAGAACACGCGAAAGUCUAACCAUUUACUGAUGUCAAUGUAAAAGUAGCUCUUUCCCCUCAAUUAUUUUAAGACCUUGAGUGGAGGUCCAACCAAGCAUUAAACCCGGGUCUGAACCCAGCUUGAAAGGCAAGCUUGGUGACCCCAACACCACAAUUGCUGGCGUUAGGCAGAGUAAAAUAAUAAAGUAGGGCACUAUGCAACUUAAUGGUUAAGCUAGCGAGCUUUCUGGAGGUUGAAAUAUAAGGUUCAUCUCAUGGUCUAAUGAGCCACCAACACCAAACGUGUUCCACCUUAUCCGUAAUUAUUAUUCAAUGAUUUGUAAUUGAUUGUACCAACCAUCAUUGUAUCGUUCUUUGAAGGCUGGUGUCAUCUCACAAUCUGAGUUGGAUACGACCAAAAAGCUCAUUGGUUCAAGUGAAACAAAGAAAACUGAAGCGAAAGUGGUAAUGGUCUAUACAGAUUUUUCUAUAUAUAUUCUGCGCAUCAAAACAUUCCAUCAGUGGGGGAGCAACCUUUGGAAUGUUGUUAAUAUUUCGCUUUUUCCGAACUUUCUUGAAUUGAAUCUCUAGUCUGUAUUCAUUUACAAGCAUAACGAACCAGAAAAGUGUUAAAAAUUCAGUAUAAUAUAUAUCUAAUCAUAUUUUACAACUAUAGCACUGAGUUCAAAAUGUAAACAAAGCGUUUGUUUACAUUACGGACUUUACAUCACCUUUAAUACAUUUCAGUAAAAUUCUGAAUUUCUUGUGCUCCAAAACAACAUGUCUACAGUUCAAGGACAAAAAAAACUUUACAUAUUUGUAAAUCUUUCAGUUCGAAGUUAACGGCAAGUUGUACGUCGACAAUCCCAGAAGGCCGCGAUCACGAAAGGCACCGGAAGGGUACGGGAAUUGCAAACAUUUUGAAUCAGACCUUUCAUCAUUUUUGUAAGAGAUGUUAUAGAUAACUGGUCUGAAAUGUUACAUUUUAGGGUUCCGAAAUUGCAGUUGGGUGCGUUAGCUGAUAGGGAUGACGAGGUAUCCUAUUACAAAAAUUAUUGAUUUAGAUUCUGCCAUGAAUUUUGUAUGAUUUAUUUGUUAAAAAGAUAUAAUUGCUGGUUUUAUUUUACAGUUGCGAAAUCCACGGAACAACCAAUCUCCCAACCUGGCCACACCAGAUUCACAAACUAGUGUUAGGUAAGUAGAUACUAGGCUCAGGCCAAUUUCAAACGCUGUACAUGUUUCUCAUGUGCCGAACGCAUUAACAACAAAAGAUAAUGAGGCUUCUCAACUGACGUUUGAAACGGGCCACAGUUCCGAAAUAUCACCAACUCGAACCGAAUUGACCACGUAGCUCAGUUGGCAGAGCAUUGGACUAGUAUCCCAAAGGUCGCAGGUUCGUAUUUAAUGAAGUUGAGACAAAGGAUUUAUGCACAGUGAGGUAUAGUUCAACAUCAAACAAAGGUCUUCUAUUUUGUGGCUUUGAAGUUUGCCGGGCUUCCAAACCAUCAUAUGGUGUACGCAGGUAUGAAUAACUUUUAACUGGAAAGCGGGCUUUUUGAUAAGUAAAAUUAUAUUUUUAGCUGGGGAACGCCAGUUCAUAAUCAAUAUUAUAACCACAAUGAAGAAACGAGUUACCAGGUGUGUGCGGAAAACGCGGAGGAAAGAUUGAUGUCUUCUCAACGUCAAAAACCAAAGGGAAUACCAGAUUUAGAUCUGCAACUUUCACACAGUGGAAAUGAACAGUUCCGAAAGGUGAGUCUGUUGUCUCUCGUGUUUUUAUGAAGAUUUUGUAUUUCAAUUCUUUCGGCGUAUUGUGGCAAUGUGUAAAUGGUCUUCUUUAUCGAAUGUUUUGUAUCAUUGACUAUUCAGGCUCUGCGAGAAAGAAAUAAACGCGAAAAGGAACUACAUAAGAGUAGUAAGGUAAAGAAUUUGGAGAAAGUCAAAUUAAGGAGAUCCCAAUGUAAACUAAUAAACAUUUUCGUAGAUUUUAUAACAAGAAGUGUUCACCGCAUGCAAACGACUUACUAUGGAUUAACGCGCUGUUGAUUGUAUAAUUUCCUGAUUACAGUUAAAAGUGGACGCAACAGAACCUUGGAUUGUUCAACCUCAGAAAGAUUCAGAAAUGAUGAUGAAGGUUGCCGAUGAAAAGGUAAGUGUACCUGGAUGAUUCGGAAAUUGUUCAGUCAAGAUUGCACUAGAUUGCCUUUGUUAGCGAGUCACCGAGUUAAAGCUAAGUUCAAGCACUAAAAACUUAAUUUUGAUUCUCAACAGACGAAACUUCGAGUGACACGCAAAAAUGAAAUUAUUGAUGAGGCACUUGUUGGUGAUGAACUUAUGAGGUGAGGUUACCGCAUAAAGACAUUCCUUUAUGAAAUUCUGCUUUAAAUUACUUCGUUUUACUGUAUACCCCUUAAAUUCUACCAAAUGUUCUAAUACAUUCACUAACCUUUGCAUCGAUCCUUAGGGAAACUGUGGCAGACGGUGUUCAGGCGAGACCUUCAGCGUUCAACGGUCGCACUGUAGGACCUAGACAAAAACGACAUCAAGCUUUGUUUAAUAGGUAAUUAUAAUAAUUGUCUGAUUAACUAAAAUUUCCAGUCAAAUUCAUAUACACAUAAUUGUUACUAGAAAGUUUCAUUGGCUAGUUAAUCCACUAACUGAGUGUGAUUAACUGAUUACAGUUGAAGGGUUUUUGUACAUGGAAAUUUCCGAGCGGAAGAUUAUAUACGAUUAUGAUUAUUCAGCUCCCUCCUCAUCGGGGAUUUUCAGUGACCGAUUACAUCAAGUGUAUUACGUUUAUUUAUAUUACCUACUAAGCUUAGAUUGGCCGUUUGUAUACUAGAGACGCAUUAUGCGUCUGGACGAACUUGGGCAAGCAUUUGUUGUUCGUCUGGUUGUGCGUCCUUAGUAUAAAGACGGGCACAAGACGUAUAAUGCGUCUAGACGAACUAUGCUCGAUUCUUCGUCUUAAGAGACGCACAACCGAUGGUAGUUCGUCUAGACGCAUAAUGCGUCUUGUGCCCGUCUUUAUACUGAGGACGCAUAACCAGACGAACAAUAAAUGCUGAUAGUUCGUCGGAUUAUUCGUCCCGUCUCUUUAUACUAGACGAAUAAUAUAGAAGACGGAUUAUGCGUCCAGACGCAUAAUGCGUCUCUAGUAUAAAAACGGCCAUUAUUUAUCUUUACAACAAUUGUGAUAUUACUUUCCUAACUAUGUUUAUCCUAACCCACCCAGUCAACUUUCCCUGUGGGAGGAAACCGGAGCACUCGGAGAAAACCCACGACUUUCGGCAGAGAGCGUUGACUGACUCUUUUCACAUGAGUCCGUAGCGAGAAUCAAACCCACGAACUCAGAGGUGAAAGGCGCUUGCUCUGACGACUACGGCACCGAAGCCCGCAAGACCUAGCCAGGAGCAGCUGCCAAAAACGCCAGGCCUUAAAAUAUCGGUCGGUCACGGACAUUGUCCGACCCAUUCGUGAAAGUGUCCGACGUAGAGAGGAAACCACCGGACAUUCUGUCCGACCAAAGUGAAACUGAGGUUUAUUGUUUGUCCGACCCAAGUGAAUUGGUGUCCGACCGAACUGCAGCUUUGUCCGACGUAAAUCAAAAUGUACCCUAGCCACGACUAGAGGCUUGUAUGUUAAAUGGAAAAUCAGAGUACUAUUGUAUAAAAGGUGAACUGGAAAUGUUGUUUUAACGUAGUCGAGCGCGGGGCGGCGAGCGAAAUGGUGAAAUGGAAAACGGGCUUAAGUUGUCGGAGUCUUUUUUAACACUGCUGUUCUGGCAAAUAAGUAUGAAAGAAACAAAUUUUUUAAUAUCUUUAUAACAUUUACCGUUUAUUCAUUUGUGUCAUUCAGACUUAUUUCCGAGUCAAAACUGAACUGAAGGUCAUCGGACAUAUGUCCGACCCAAACUCAACGUCACCGGACAUUUUGUCAGACGGCCCUGGAAAAGAUAUUUUAAGGCCUGAAAACGCAACUAUAGGCCCCCUCCCCCCCCUGGCAGGAAUCAAACCCGCGGCCCCGAGACUCCGGUGCAACGUUGACGACCAUCUGCUCCAUGAUGGUGCUUAAUGAAUUACUUAUAAUAUUUGGCUUUAUUUCAUCUUUCAAUUUAGAAAUCCUACGGCGACGACAACAGUUUCAGAAAACCUGCUUAGUGAACGGCUACGAUUUUCGGCUCGAAUCUUGAGUAAGGACGGACACGAUGCUCAUCGCGAGUUGAACGGUUUUUACUUUCCCGCUGAUAACACUCUGACUGUUUACGAAUUCAGGCAGUUUGGUAGCAGGUAAGAAACAGACUUGGAAGGAGUACUGUUGAGGGAGAAAAAAUGAGACCGUAUAGAAGAGCUGUGACAUAGGGUGCAACUGAUGCUGGGAGGGACGUAUUUUCGAAAACUUUGACAAUGACCUCAAUUGCUUAAGGCAGUUUACCCACUUUACCAAGGGCUGAGGGGCGUUGUCUUAGAGGGUUACCCCCUCCCUAGUCCCUACCCCACCCAAACGUGGAUGAAAGUCCACAAUCCCUUUGAAGUACAAACAAAAAAUGUGAUUUGGCAAUAAAUUUUAGAUCGUCAGCGCUUCCCUUCAUACAACGCGGAAAAUAUUAUCACGCCAAAGGACGAACAAAAGAUGAACCGUAUACUUAUCAAGAUAUCGCGGUUGUAAGUACAAAUUAUCUGCAUGUUGUAUCGUUAAUAAUCACUAAUAGUCUAAUACGUAUAAGUAGAUAAAGAUCGAUACCCUUUAAGUGGCAAUGCACCCUAAUGCGCCCUACUUUAUUAUUUCAUUCUGUCUGACACCAAACGAUUGUACUCGUCAUGGGGAAAGUGCUUCCGCUCAAUGGAUUAAUCAGAUCGAUUAUUUACCUAUGCGCCCUGCUUUAUUAUUUUACUCUGUCUGACACCAGACGAUUGUACUAGUCAAUGACAGAGUGCUGCCGCUCAAAUGGGUUAACGUCACAUUUCAUAAUAAAACAUUUCAGGGAAACGAUCUUGUAUUUGAAACGUCAGAACAGUUAUCUUUACCGGAAAAGAUGAAACGCAAGGCGUACGCCACUCUCCGUAUCACUGAUGUGGAUAUGGAAACGAAACAAAAAUUCGCGUAAGUAUUUAUCACCAAAUGCACUGUAUUAAUAUUGUCGCAGAAAAUGCAACCAGGUAAAUAGAUGACAAAUACAUGUAGAGGUAUUUAAUGAACAUAUUUUCUAUGGAAAGGUUCAAAGACACACAUACACCGAUUGGAGUCGUUUCACCCUCACACGAAUUAUUACAAAGAACCACAACAAAGGAGGACGCCAAGGAUAAAGAACUUAUCGCCGAAGUAAAAGGUAAAGAUUACUGUAAAGGAAAGAUUACGAGAGGAAAGAUAAACUAAACUAAACUAACUUUAUUUAUAUAUGCUGGAUAUAUCAAUUCUAAACUGUUCUUCCUAGAGCCCCAGUAAGGAUCAUCUCCUAUUGAUGCAUUGUUACUACAGGAGGAAACCUAAACUAAAUAACGUCAUUUAUACUGGAUAGUUCUAUCAGUUCUAAACUGUUCUUCCUAGAGGUUGAGUAAAGAUCAUCUCUUAUUGAUCCAGUGUUACUACAGGAGGAAACCUAAACACUAAACUAACUUUAUUUAUACCGGACAUUUCUAUCAGUUCUAAACUGUUCCCUCUGGAGAUGCAGCAAGAGGCAUUCCUUAUUGUUCUGCGGAGGAAGAGUACGCGAAGAAAACAUGUUGUAUUUGUUCAAACCGGAGACAUUCUUCUCAACUUUUUUAAAUCUUUCUCUAAACAGCUCUAGUUCGUAACCAGCUGAAGAGAAGAGGAGUGAAAACGAUGACAGGUCUAGGCAGACAUUUUCAAAGUUUGGAUACAACAGGAGAUGGAACCGUAGACAAAGAUGAACUUAAAGAGGCUCUGGAACAAUUUAAUAUUCAAAUACCUCCCGAGGUAGUGCACUGAUCCGAAUAUUACGACUGAAUAGUCCAUUAUCCUACGUAUAAAUGAAGCCAGUAGUUGUGUGAGAAUAUUUUGAACGAUAUUUUGUCUGAGAAUUUGAUGUUUUCAAAUAUUAUAGCCACGAAAAGUGCAGUAUGAUGCUUGUACCUGAGAUUAAUUAGAUUAGGUUAAAUUGAUGAGUUGAGAGGCCUUAGAAUACUGGAAUAAGCAUGCGAGUCUGAUUUGCAUUUUGUGACUUCAAGAGGUUUUGUCCAAUUCAGCUGUGUUAUUAGUUGAGCCUGCCACAAUACACCUUUCCCCUUUUGAGUGAAAUUUUGAUCUAGACAAGUCUAGACAAAAAUUUCAUCACAGCUUGAAAGAGCAUCGCAAAAUUAGUAAUAUUCCGAAGUUUCGUUGCGAAAUGUUGUAAAAUGCGGAUAAUAUAGCCUUGCGAAGUUUGCCGUUUUUCAGUCAUUUUGUAUUACAAACGGAAAUUGAUAAUCAGUUUGAUCAUCUGAUUAUCAAUUUGGUUGUAAUGCAAAAUGACUGAAUUAUCAAUUACAAAUGGUUGUAAUGCAAAAUGACUGAAAAACGGCAAACUUCGCAAGGCUAUAUUAUCCGCAUUUUACAACAUUUCGCAACGAAACUUCGGAAUAUUACUAAUUUUGUGAUGCUCUUUCAAGCUGUGAAAUUUUUGCCCAGGCAUAUCUAGAUCAAAAUUUCACUCAUAAGGGGAAAGGUCUAUUAAAGUCAGUAAAGACCAAUUCGCCGUAGCGAAUACAAGUUACACCAUGGACGUUUCUUUCAUAAAGUAGAGCUUUUGUUAUAGUGUGUGACAGUGUAAGGGUCUUGUAAAUGGAAAAUAUCGAGUGGAAAUUUAUAUAUAUCUUUUAGACCUAACCAGGAACAACUGCGAAAAAUGCAACUACAGGUCCCUGGCAGGACUCGAACCUGCGGUCCUGGAUUCCGGUGCAGCGCUCUAACCAACUGAGCGACAGAGGCCAUGCAGUUGUCGACCUCUAACCAUAAGUUCAUGUAUAUAUAGAGGGUAUACUGCCAUGUUUAGCCAGUAGUGGCUAUUUUGAAGUAACGCACACGAAUCUACUCACUGUGAUAAUGUGGAAGAAGUUCUCCACAGAUCGGUUAUCGGCCGAGGAAUUAUAUUUUAUAUAUUGGUCAUCAAUGACUCUCUUAAAUUUGCCAAUGAAUUUGACAAACUGUUUGUGCGAAACUGUUGAACCUUGAAAGUACUGACUUUAAAUAUCUUUUUUCCUUUUUAGAGAUUUGACGAGAUUUGGGAUGUCGUAGAUGCGAAUCAUGACGGAGCCUUGGAUUAUGAUGAAUUCACGAGGAAUUUUAUUGGUGAGAUGAAUGAGAGGAGAAAAGCGCUUGUAUUAAAGGUAAGAUGUCAUUGUGUGCUUAGCAUUUUACUUUUUGCCUCCACGAUUUUCUUAAUGAUUGUACAGGGAUGAUUCCUAGCUACUUUAAUCAGUAGUAUUCUCUGAUUUUUGUAGGUGUUCAGGAAAAUGGAUGCGAAUAAACGCGGAGUGGUACCAUUAACGAACUUGACAAAAUUUUACAGCGUCAGACAACAUCCACAUGUUAUAUCAGGUAUAACUUAUACUUAACUUACUUAAUAUUGGAAUUGAUAGCUCUAUCAGUUGAUUCAGUUCUAUAAACUGUCCUCUCUAGGGGUCCAUUAAGGACCAUUCCUUAUCGCCUCAGCAAAAAACCUAAACCAAACUAAGUUUAUUUAUACUGGAGUCUCCCUAGGGUCAACUAAAGGUCCACAUUAGGUCCAACCAUUAUCGUCUUAAUUUGAUGCACUAAUAAAAUGAUCACUUUUAAUUUUUUUAGGUAAGGUAACAGAAGAAGAAGUUCGCCAGCAGCUGUUAAAUACAUUUGAACAUUGCAAGAAAAAAGGGGAAGUUUCAUAUUCAGUGAGUAUCACAUCAACAAGAGUUUAUUAGUGAUUUAGAGGCCAAAUGUUUGUUAAAAAUGAAGCACUAGCCUUAUGAUAAAGAGAAAAUAAUGUAAACUUUUGUUCACUAUAUACUAGGUGUCUAAAGCAAUGUCGAAAAAUCAAUAUCUAAGAGAUGAAUUUUGACAACUAAGAUUAUUAAAAUUGAUGUAGUAGAAUCAAUGUUAUGUCUGCUUAAAAUAAAGUAAGGUUUACCCAAUGGACCGUUAAAAUCAUGCAUGAGUUGUUUUUAAGUAUAUCAAUAUAGGGUUUAAUGCACCCUUACCUAAUUUAAAUUAAACAGCCAUAACGUUGGCUCAGCUAGAUUUUAAUAAUCUUAUAGUAAAAUUUGUCUCUUAGAUUGAAAUUUGAAUGCUACUAAAUACUAAAAAUUUGCUGUUUCAAAAUUUGGAGCACACCUGAUGUAGUAUAAUUCUCUGCCAUUAAUUUUGAUUGGGCCAUUAUUUUUCAGGAUUUUGAAGAUUACUUUGAAGGCCUAAGUCUCACAAUUGAUGAUGAUGACGAAUUUGUUAUGAUAAUGAGAAACUGUUGGGCAAUUUGAAAAGUAUUCUAAUUAAUUAAUAAUAAUAUAAUGUCUGUAUAUAUACUGUCUGUAUACUAACAUAUUAACUAAUAUAUUGAUUAUAUUUUGAACUUAAUGCAUAGUUGUAAUUUGUAUAUCAUAUAAUAGUUUGUUUUAGAAGUUUAUGUAAAAUUAAUAAAUUGUUUAAUGUUUGAACUGUGUUUAU